UCAAGGCUUUCUGUUCUUCUGCAUGUUCACAGGUCUGAGGGAUGGGGACCACGUUCCUGAAUGCUUUCCCUUUCUGCUAGUACACCCCUCUGAAAGGAAUUGCUCAGAAAGCUAGUGUGCAAGAGGAAUGGAAGAAACCAUUGCUGAAGACGUGGAUCACCCGCCGACGGAUGCCAGCAUGGGGGUGGACGUCCUGGAAUCGGGUGACACGACACCCCCUACAAAGAGGAAAAGCAAGUUUUCGAGCUUUGGCAAGAUCUUCAAGCCUUGGAAGUGGAGGAAAAAGAAAAGCAGCGACAAAUUUAAGGAGACUUCGGAAGUUUUAGAACGAAAGAUUUCUAUGCGAAAGCCAAGAGAGGAGCUGGUAAAAAGAGGGGUUCUGUUGGAAGACCCUGAGCAAGAUGGUGAAGAACCAGAGAAGCUCAACCCACCUGCACUGAAGAAUGGCCACACGGUCCCUAUUGGUGAUCCUGGGGUUUUUAACCAGACCAGCCAGGAAGAGGAGGCCACAAAGCCCCUAAGCCUCGGGAAGUUGGAACCAAAGAAAAGACAGGGCUCAUCCAGCAGCCAUCCUGGUGCAGAAACAGAGCCACUUCAGGACUCACAUGUCCCCAGACAGCCUCUACUUCCUCCAAAAAGACUUCCCUCUGCUUCCCAGGAGGCAAAUGAAGUGCAGGUGAAAGAUCCUGCCCCUGCCAGCAGCACUGCGAGAACUGCAUCCACCACCACAGCCCCGGCGGCAGCAAAGACAGUCAAUUCCACAGCUGCCCCUUCCCCGGCCCCCAGGACUCUGCCCCCUGCUCUUGCCAAUGCCAACACUACUGCUCCCACGAGUGCAAGCAGCACAGCUCCUGCCAAACAGCCUCCCAUCCCUCCGCCCAAGCCUGUGAACAGAAAUAGCAACUCGGUCAUAGCUGAACUUUCUCAAGCACUGAAUAGUGGUACAGGCUUGUCUAAGCCUUCUCCUCCCCUCCCACCCAAGAGAGGCCUCAUGCCUAACAACAGCUCAGAGUCAACUGUCGCGUCCAAGCCCCUGAGCGAGAGGACAGUGACGGCUAACCGCCCUGCCCUGAUGCCAGUGCACGGGGCCCCUGCUUACCCACCACCCUCGCCUUCACCACCGCUGCCCACGCACAUACCGCCUGAGCCUCCACGCACCCCCUUGCCUGCCACCACUCCUGCCUUGGACCCUCCGCGCUCCCUCGACCUGCCCAAAGAGACUGCUCCACCUGAAGACUUCAGGUCCCUGGAAGCAAUGAAGAGGGUGACAGAGCAAGGGUUUGGCGAACCUCAUGUGCUGCCUCGGCUGCCCCAAAUCCCCUUGCACAUCCGGAUCCAGCAGGCUCUGGCCAGUCCCCUGCCUGUCACGCCGCCUGCCGAGGGCUCGCACAGGGCUCACUCGCUGCUCUUCGAGAACGAUGGCUUUGGAGAAGACAACGGCACCCUGGGCCGGACGAGGUCCCUGCCGGUUACCAUUGAGAUGCUGAAAGUUCCAGACGAUGAGGAAGAGGAGGAAGAUGACCGGGAGGAGGAGCAGAGUUCGGGCCCUCGUGUGUAUAUUGGAGACGUGCCAUGUGUCACAGUCAUCCCAAAGCUGGUGCCCCAGGCCCUGCCAGAGGAGCAGGAGGGAGAUGAAGGGAUGAGCGACUCUGACUCGGAGGGGCCCAUCCUGUACAAGGAUGAUGAGGAUGAGGAAGAAGAUGAAAGCCAUAACAGCACGCUGGCUAACAAAGUGAAGAGGAAAGACACGCUAGCUAUGAAGCUGGGGAACACGACUGCCCUCCACGAGGAAAAGAUUGUCUUCCCUCGGAAGAGCAAGGAGGAGUGGAAUGAAAUUCGGCACCAGAUCGGGACGACACUGAUCAGGCGACUGAGUCAAAGACCGACAGCAGAAGAACUGGAGCAGAGGAACAUACUUCAGCCAAAAAAUGAAGCUGACCGUCAAGCUGAGAAGCGAGAGAUCAAGCGCAGACUCACCAGAAAGCUUAGCCAAAGGCCUACAGUGGCAGAGCUGCAGGCCAGGAAGAUCCUGAGAUUUAAUGAAUAUGUGGAAGUAACAGAUGCUCAAGACUAUGACCGGCGAGCGGAUAAGCCAUGGACAAAGCUAACACCAGCUGACAAGGCUGCCAUCCGGAAGGAACUGAAUGAAUUUAAGAGCUGUGAAAUGGAAGUCCACGAGGACAGCAAGCAGUUCACGCGGUACCAUCGACCGUAAUCUUCCGGGAGGGAGCAAGAGAUCCGAGAGGACUGAAAGUUCUCAGCAUCCAUCUCCUGGCAAUUCAGUGAGGGUGAACCUCAACUCUUCCACGAUUUGCCUUCAAAACACCUAGAAAAGGGCUCUCGGGGGCAAAGGGGGGUGUCCUGUCUGAAUGUAGCAUUUCACUGGAACAAACACGUCUCGAGUGCCAUCAGGCUGGAACUGAACACUAUACCUCGCACGGCUCAGCAAUAUGCCUCUCCUGGCACCAGCAUCCCUGCCGGGAGACCACGCACAUGUGAAUGAACAGUUCCUUCCCCAGCUCCCUUUCUCAACUGUGCCAGGCCCAGUUCUCAGCUGUACAUACUCCUUAUGAUUGGAACUUCUUAGUUUUCCUUCUCCUUACCAAGGAGAGGGGGAAAAAAAAACCCGGCAGCUCUGGUGUUUGAGAGCUGAGGAAUGGAGAAGCGGAUGUGCCAGGAAGCACGUGUGUAUAUUAGCUGUGUACAGAAACCCUGCACAGAUGCUGACCUGGCAGACAACUGACAUGUGACUCUCUUCUUUUUUUUUUUUUGGUUUUGCUUGUCUCUGUAAUGUACGUAAUGUCCUGAAUCACUACUGACCAAUGGUUUUGUUGUCCUGGAAGGGAAUUGUAUAGAUAUUAACAUAUGCUGCAUCUUUUGUUUAAAAAAAAAAAA